GACAGCACUUGAAGGCAGCGUCAGCAAAGACGUGGCCAUCUCGCAUCUGCUGCGUUCAAGUGGCGCAGUGUCCCGUCUGGAGGCAGGCAGACAGGCAGGCAGGGAGAGGGCGAAGGCGAAGUUUCAACCAUCUGCAUUGCAGCCCGAGCGCUGCUGCUGGUGCUGCUGCCGCCGCCGGAACCCAACACAACAAUGGCGACUCCCAGUCCUGACAGCAACUCCUCUAGCUCCAGCAACAGCUUCAGCAUUGUAGGAUCCGCGUCGCACCAAUUUCACCAGCAGACACAGAGCAGCAGCAUGCAAGAAACCAACAGCUGCUGGAGAUGUCAAAAUGAAACAGGAUUUCAGAUAAGCCUGUCUGGAGUGUCCCAAAGUAAACGUAAAGCGCUGAAGCUAAACUUCGCCAGCCCGCCGGUGAAGCCAGCGUCCCGCCUCCCGCUCAAUCCAACACCCCCCUCCUUCCAGAACCCCCACAUAGAGCGGCUGAGAACACACAGCAUUGAAUCGUCAGGGAAGCUUAAGAUUUCUCCUGAGCAGCACUGCGACUUUACGGCAGAGGAUUUGAGAGACCUUGGGGAGAUUGGCCGAGGGGCGUACGGCUCCGUCAACAAGAUGGUCCACAAACCCACUGGCCAAAUUAUGGCAGUCAAGAGGAUUCGUUCCACCGUGGAUGAAAAGGAGCAAAAGCAGCUGCUGAUGGAUCUCGACGUGGUGAUGAGGAGUAGUGACUGUCCAUACAUUGUUCAAUUCUAUGGGGCUCUCUUCAGAGAGGGGGACUGCUGGAUUUGUAUGGAGCUUAUGUCUACCUCAUUAGACAAAUUUUAUAAAUAUGUAUAUUGUGCAUUUGAUGAUGUCAUUCCAGAGGAAAUAUUAGGCAAAAUAACAUUAGCGACCGUGAAAGCACUGAACCACUUAAAGGAAAACUUGAAAAUAAUUCACAGAGACAUCAAACCUUCCAACAUUCUUAUGGACCGAAAGGGUAACAUCAAGCUGUGUGAUUUCGGGAUCAGCGGCCAGCUCGUGGACUCCAUAGCUAAGACCAGAGAUGCUGGUUGCAGGCCCUACAUGGCACCCGAAAGAAUAGACCCCAGUGCCUCUAGACAAGGUUACGAUGUCCGAUCUGAUGUGUGGAGCUUGGGAAUCACAUUGUACGAGCUGGCCACUGGAAGGUUUCCAUACCCCAAGUGGAACAGCGUUUUUGAUCAGUUGACGCAAGUGGUGAAAGGAGAACCUCCACAGCUCAGUAAUUCUGAGGAGAGGCAAUUCUCCCCCAAGUUCAUCAAUUUUGUUAACUUAUGCCUUACAAAGGAUGAAUCUAAAAGGCCAAAGUACAGGGAGUUGCUGAAACAUCCGUUCAUUCUCAUGUAUGAAGAGCGUUUUGUGGAUGUCGCCAGUUAUGUCUGCCGCAUCCUGGAUCAGAUCCCCGCCUCUCCCACCUCGCCCAUGUAUGUGGACUGAGGGUGUUGGGGGUGGGAGGGGUAAAUAGAACUCCCCACGAUGCAGCGGGUGGGAAACACCGAGCUUUGUGAGGUGACGACCGUAAUCUUAGCUCCUGGACUUUUAUAGAAUCUACGAUUUAGUAGCGUUCCAAAGAAGAGAGAAACACAAGUGGUGCAAUGAGAUAAAUAUUAAGCCAACCCUUCCACCACACUUCACCAAGUCACUCAUUGUUCACACAAUCAAAAACAAAAAUGAAUCUACCAAAUAAAAAGACAGAGCAAUGGUGCUCAUGACUAAAAAUAGCCAGAUUGUGUGUUGUGGACUGUACGUAUGCAUUUGUGUGUUCACCUCUGAGGAAAUGUACAGAUGUAAUCAGCUAGACCUACUCUGUAAACACACACAACCAUCUUGGAGUUUGUCUCCACGGUAACUAAAUAAGUAUGCAAAAUGCGCUUGUCGGGGUAAAUAAUUAUGGAUUUGGUUGUGUGGCUUUGUCCUUUCUUCUCUGUCUCUCUCUUCAAUGUGGAGUCCGUGAAUGUCUGUCUUAACACACAAUUAGGACAAUAGUCAAUGCUCACGCUCAAGGUCACCCCAGUGACCCCUCGCCAGUAAUGUCAUUGCAUUCAAGUCACUGAGAUAAGCAUUUUUGUCCAUAGCAUGUUAGUAAAAUAUUUGGGAAAUGUUCUUAUGCCACAGCAUUACCCCCAGUCAUAUUCAAUGUUGUGUUUUUCCAUAGAUUCAGUGUUGUUCAGAAGAGUCAUCAGUCUCGUUGAAGCUUAUUUUGAUAUUGGAACCUGAUUGAAUAACAAUGAUGGUACAUUUACUGUGGUUAAUCAUGCCAUUUAAUUAAAUUAUUUUAAAGGAACUGGAAAGAGCUAAUUGGUUGACAGAAGGAACAGGGCUUCUCGUCAGCCCUGUUCCUUGUGUCAACCAAUCAGCUCCUAGGUGGAGACAAAAACCACCGAGCAGGCAAGACAUGAACGUGGGACACAGGAUAACUUGACAAAACAUUAAAAAAAAUAAAUAUAAUCAAAACGAAGUGAAUCAAAACACACAUCCUGACAUUAUCCAUGCUUUUUAUAAGGCAAUUUACACUAUAGGCUACAUACUAUUUUGUGUUAUGUAUGUAAAUAUGAUAGUUAUUCAAUUAUUAUUGACAAUUAGGUUUAGACAUUAAGCAAGGUGAUAACACUUAAGCAAAGGAAAUAUUUUUAUUUAAACAGAUUCAUAUUAAAAACGGCUUAUGUAACUUUUCAAAACAAUAUAAUAAGUUUAUUGAGAACUUUUAUUUCAGAUCAAAUAAAUGCUCAUCUCUGUGACUUCAAAGUAAUGCUAAUGCACAAACUGGCUAAUGCAAUGCUUGCCUGAUGUAAAGUUACUUGAUGUCCACUGAUGUAUAUGUGUAUGUAUAUAGUGCAUCUAAUCUGCUGUUCUUGGCAGGUUUUGCUAGACCGUAAAGGCCCAUUCGAACAAAACGACAUAUGUUGGUGGUAUGAGCAGGAAAAAAAAACAUUUGGAUGGAAUUUUCCAUUUGAGAGUGGGCCUUGAUGCCUCUUAACAUCCUGUUCUCGCACUGUACAGUUUUACUGCUCAUCCACACUGAUCACAGAUCCACCAUGCUGCAUUACAAAGACAAAAGGUGUAACUAUGUAUAUUUGAGAACUAGCCUGACAAGGGUUUUCCGCUAAUAGAUAAACAACACCAGUAAAUGCUGCUAAAUGAUGUCCUCUUUCACUUUUGCCACUAAAAUACUUUUAAGAAUGGUGGAAGAUCACUCAUUCGUGGACUCAGCAUGUUCCUCCAAGCAUGUUGCUCUGGCUUGCACUGAUGAUGAAAACCUACAUCAAAUUAUGUAUUUCAAUCAAAGUGCCAUAAUCCCCCAAAUAGGGAGGCCAGAGAAGGUUUGAAUUAGGACUAUUUGGAUGGAUUGCAGUCGAGCCAGUGUUCUCUCUUUUGGUCAACUGGAGUGUUCUGUCACUACUUAUCUGUCUUUCUUUAUCUGUAAUGCGGAAAUGAUGCAAACCUACCAAAAUAAAUAGAGUAAAAUAAAUCGAUCUGUUCCUCACCUAUGGGGUAUGUUUUCUAGCCCUUGUGAAUGCAGAUCACUGGGGUACAUGUUGUAUAAACUGCAAUCUACUAGAAUGUUCAUAUUAGAUUAUAAAAUAAUAUUAAGGGCAAUUAAUAUUAUAUUGUAUGUCUAUUAAGGGUUACCAAUAAAGUUCCUGUGGAAAAUAAUGGAUUUGUAUUUUCUUUCCCACCCAGGCCCCAAAAAAAGAGGUGCACGGUUUAUUUUGCUGCGGUGAAUUUAUUGCUCAAUUUUCUGUUGUGUACAGCAAUGCAGGCAUUUUUUUCAAACAAUAUUAAGUCUUUGGCCCAGCAACAUUGCAGCUUCUGUCAGAGACACACAAACAUUAUUUAUUUAUUUUUUUUACAAACAUAGUCUUGGUUGGGGAAAACAAUUGCUAUAUGAUCCCAAAGACCAGAUGCUAUGAUUGCAAGGCAGAAAGGUAAAACUGCCAUCUUAAUACAGCAGGGUGGAAAUUAAAUGAGUUGCUUCAAUACUCAUUGAUAGUGACUGUGUGGUUGUGAAACGAUGGGCAAUUAUUCCAAAAUCAUAUUUUCUUUCUUGAUGUUUUGACCUAUAAGAGUGGUGGUAAAGAAAAUGUCAAUAUUGUGAUGUAUUGUUUUCUUUUAGCAUUAAAUAUCAAUAUUAUA